AUGUCACAAAAACGCUCCAGCGUGCUGUUCAACAUGAAUGCCAGUCCGUUUGUUCCAGCGUCGUUGGGUGUGGCUGGUGGGCCCAAUGUGAAUAUCACAAAUGUUGUGAAUGGGCAACUCCCCCACAAUAAUGGGGGCGUAAUUAAUGGUGAAAGUGGUCGAAGUGUUCAAAGAGAAAAUCUGCUCGGUGGCCAGAAUGGUCAUUACUACACUGGUCAAACCCUCGCAUCGAAACAGUCUCCCUUAGUAGGUUUUGAUGUGGUUUUAGUGCUUCCUCCUGCCUCGAGAAGUGAGUUUGACAACUACAUUAUGUCUAAAUUACCUCAAGGCGAUUUUACUGUCCAGAAAUAUGCCCUGGGAAGCGCCGUUUUGACCUUCGAUUCUUCUGUCACGGCAGAUGCGGCCGUGGAGACGCUAAAUGGUCAAAAAUGGCAUGACGGCGACAUCCUGGCAACUUUAAUUGUGGAAAAGCCACCCAUUUCAAGAUCAGAUUCGACGGCUUUUGCCGAUUCAACGGCCAGAGAUUCGGCGGCAAGCUCCGAUUCAGCAACUCCGAUUGUCAACUCGGCAUCUCCUCCAGCUUUCGGGGCACCUCCUGGCCCUAUCGCUGGCCCGACGUCCACUCCAGGACCAAUUCCACCUGGAAUCCCGCCAAGCAUCCCUUACGACGUUCUGAAUGAGUCCCACGAGCAGCCAAUCCCAGGAGCAAAUCCUUAUUUUUUUUUGCCACCUCCCUACGGCUACCCAAUUGACUACGGCUACUAUGGGAACCCUAUGCCUUAUCCUCCUUAUGGUUACUAUGGCGUCACACCAAUGAACGCCAGAACUCCUUCCCGGCGGUCGUCUUCACGGUCGAAUUCUCGCCAGAACUCUGUGGGUGGCUCCACAAAGCCACCGCCGCCGUUUUUGUUGAAUAUGGUCAAACGGGACUCGUCCCUUCCGGGCACAGCAUCACAGUCCAGCGAUUCGAGCCCACUGGAAACUCCCGACAUGGAGGACUUCAUUUCGGUGGAGGAUGACGAGGGCAAUGCCAUCAAGGUUAAUCUGAGAAGACUCUUCGUGGGAAAUAUUCCUUUUAAUUCGACCUGGCCCGCCCUUAAAAACUUUCUUAUUACCAAAGCAGAGGAGCUCGAGCCAGGAAACCACAUAGAGAUUCUUAGAGUUGAAAUACCCAUGCAACAGCCGCGUGAUGUGCCCAACAAUGCAUCCAAGCUCAAUUCAUACCAAUUCUUAACGCUGUUAUCCCAGCAACUCAACGAUAAGUCGGGACCUCCUACUCCGGAUGCUGCCAGAACAAACUCGUCGUCCAGUGGACCAACAAGGGGCCUCAGCCGAGGUUUUGCUAUUGUUACUACCGCCAAUAAGCUCUCCCUGGAAAAAAUAAUCAAGUACUUCGACAAUGUGGAAUUUGAAGGCCGAACGUUGACGGUUCGCUACGAUCGCUUUCCUGAUUUCAACAACUACGUGCUCCAACAGCUCUACCCAUCCAGCAAGAGCCAGAAUAAGCCUGCAUUUCUUUCGAAUCUUGCCUUUGAACGGAACUCGUUCCAGCAAAAAUUCUACUACGGGCUAGGUCCGAUGGUUCCCUACAGACACCGGGGCUCACAGUCCAAACCUUAUAAUGAGUUUCCACCCUAUAAUGAUAUUACAAUGGAUGCGCUUGCCGGAAGUUUGGGAGAGAUUGAGAUUGAAAACAAUACUCAGUCGCCGCAGUCUCUGAAUGUUACUGACGAGGAAAAAGCUCGAGACUUGGUCAACUCUAUUGUCGCCAGAGAUUUAUCAACAUAA